AUGGCUUCGAAGCUCAUAACUAUAACAGCCAUCCUAGUACUCGCCAAUUGGGGAGAAGUUAUCGCAUCCUUAGUACCAGGCCCUCAACUUAUAGGCCCGGCUCCGCCCGUCCUAGCACGAGCACCGGCCGUCAUAACAGAUACCGUAGAUCCAAAUCCAUCAUAUUCGUUUGCCUAUGACGUCCAAGAUGCUUUAACAGGUGAUUCCAAAGGACAAGUAGAAAGCAGAGCAAACGGAAUUGUCAGAGGUCAAUACAGCGUUGCAGAUCCUGAUGGUACCAGAAGAAUUGUAGAUUAUUACGCCGAUCCCGUUCAUGGUUUCAACGCUGUAGUAAGAAGAGUACCAAUAGGAGUUGUAGCUAGAGCAGCAGCACCACUUGUAAGGGCAGUUCCAGCUCCAGUAGCAGUACCAGCUCGAGUAGCAGUACCAGCUCCAGUAGCAGUACCAGCCCCACUUCCCGCAUUACCAGCACCUCUACCUGCUGUACCAGCUCCAUUUCCCGCAUAUCCUGCCCAUUUAGCUCACUUCCAAUCUCCUUAUCUUACUAGGGCUGUUGUUCCUGCCACAGGGCCUGCUCCUGCGUACUUGCCAGCUCCUGCGCGAUUUGCUUCGCCUUAUUUGGGUGCUCCUCCCGUUGCGCCAGCUUUGGGGAGAUUUGCUGCACCACAAUAUUUGGGUGCGCCAGCUCCUCUAGGGGUUGCACCAGGGGGGUACGGCGUGUUUUAA